ACAGUCACGUGUUCCGCUUUCGGCUGCCAUUCCCAAUGUGGUCGCCGGAUGUCGCACUGUGUCGCUCUCUUGGUGACGCAUUGUCGGUGACCGGCAGCGGGAAGAUGGCUGAGGGAGAGCGGGCGGCGGAGACCGGAGGAGGAGAGGACGGCGGCGGCGGGGAGAUGACGGCGGAGGAGCUGAAGGAGCAGGCGAACGAGUACUUCCGGGUGAAGGACUAUGACCGGGCCGUACAGUAUUACACCCAGGCCAUCGCCCUCAGCCCAAACAAUGCAAUUUACUAUGGAAACCGCAGCCUGGCGUAUCUCCGUACCGAGUGUUACGGUUAUGCCCUGGCCGACGCCUCCCGCGCCAUCCAGCUCGAUGCCAAAUACAUAAAAGGCUACUACAGGCGGGCGGCCAGCAACAUGGCACUCGGGAAGCUGAAGGCAGCACUGAAAGACUACGAGACGGUGGUGAAGGUCCGGCCUCAUGAUAAGGACGCUCAGAUGAAGUUCCAGGAGUGCAGUAAGAUGGUGCGACAGAAAGCGUUUGAGCGAGCGAUCGCCUCCGACCAACACAACCGCUCGGUGGUCGAUUCUCUGGACAUAGAGGGAAUGACCAUCGAGGACGAGUACACGGGGCCCCAGUUACAGAACGGAAAGGUCACUGUGGACUUUAUGGUGGAAUUAAUGACAUUUUAUAAAGACCAGAAGAAGCUUCAUAGAAAAUGUGUCUACCAGAUACUUGUGCAGGUGAAGGAGAUUCUGUCGCAGCUGCCCAGUCUGGUGGAGAUCUCUCUAGAGAAGUCUCAGCAGGUGACGGUCUGCGGUGACACUCACGGACAAUUCUACGACCUCAUGAACAUUUUCCAUCUCAAUGGCCUCCCCUCCGAGAGCAACCCAUAUAUAUUUAAUGGCGACUUUGUGGACCGCGGAUCAUUCUCAGUGGAGGUGAUAGUGACGCUCUGCGGCUUCAAACUGCUAUAUCCUGCACAUUUCCAUCUGCUGCGCGGAAACCAUGAGACUGACACAAUGAACCAAAUGUAUGGCUUUGAGGGAGAGGUGAAGGCCAAAUACUCGAACCAGAUGUUCCAGCUGUUCAGCGAGGUUUUCCAGUGGCUGCCGCUGUCAAUGUGCAUCAAUCAGCGCGUCCUGAUCAUGCACGGGGGACUCUUCUCGGAGGACGGCGUCACCUUGGAUCAGAUUCGGAAUAUCGAACGGAACCGGCAGCCGCCUGACUCAGGACCAAUGUGCGACCUUCUGUGGUCCGAUCCUCAGCCACAGGAUGGGCGAUCCCCCAGUAAACGGGGUGUGAGCUGUCAGUUCGGCCCAGAUGUCACCCGCAAGUUCUUGGAGGAGAACAGUCUCGAUUACAUUAUCCGCAGUCACGAGGUGAAGGCCGAAGGCUAUGAAGUGACCCACAAUGGCCUCUGCGUGACCGUGUUCUCCGCUCCAAACUACUGUGACCAGAUGGGUAAUAAAGGAGCGUACAUACAUCUGAACGGCAAAGAUUUAAAGCCCAAGUUCCACCAGUUUGAUGCUGUGCCGCACCCCAAUGUAAAGCCCAUGAUGUACGCCAACUCGCUGCUCCAGCUGGGAAUGAUGUGAGGAGGACCCCGCUGAGUCCGUGUAUCUGAGCAGCUGCCCCCCAGGCGGAGAGUCAUAGGGGCUCUCCCAGUAUUUGCCCCAGUUCCUUCCGGAGCCUGAGGGGGGCAAUAAAGAAACAAGAGGAAUAUUUUUAUUACUGUAUAAGAGAAGACGAGCGGUGGGGGGGAGAGUGGGGCGCGUGUUGUCUGUGUGCGAUGUGUGACUGUGUGUGCGUGUGUGGGGGGGCCGUGUAAGCUACAAAACGCACAAUAAUCCUGCUGCCCCUCCCCUCCUGCAUAUCCUGUGUCUCCUCCAUGCCCCGCCCCCUGCGCUGUCUGUAAUUACUUUGCUUCUAAUAAAGGUUCUGAUUACACCACA